GCCUUUAUUUAAAAAUAAUUCGGUGUUUCAGCAGUUUUGCAGUUUCCCGAGUUUGAUCCUGAUUAGUGGAGAACAGAAGCUGAAUGAUGAAUUUCCCAUAAAACACAUGUAUACAUUUAAGGUAUAAAAUCUAAUAAACUUUCUAUUUCAAAUUGUCCAGAAGGUUUUGUAGCUUUAAACAUUUAGUGGAAUCAGGUGUUCAAAUGUAAAAGUUGCUGACCCCAGAUCUGGACUCAGUCCAAACUCAAUAAAUACUUUAUUGAUCCCAAAGGAAAUGUUGUAAGUCACAUUCAUUCAAAAUUAUUCAGAGUUGUUACAGAUGGACAAUAAUCUGUGAAUGCAAUAACAACUGAGGCCGACAGGUUGACCAGGAGAUCUGUCAGCCUCACAGCUCCGUCCUUCACAUCUGAUAGUGAACCAUCAGCCAAGUGUUAUAUAAUGGUGAGAUUUGCUCAAUGUGGAAGGACUACUGCACCCAACAAGGUCAAUGAUCCCAGAUAAGUUCACACACCAACACACACACACCAACACACACACACACCUCUGACAGGAUCACAUAUUUACAAUCCAAAUCAUUUCUUGUCAAUAAAAACACUAGUACACAUGUUUACAUCCUGUGACUGGGCUACCGUCCUCAUUAGAAGCUGCAGUAGUUACAAGUCCACUAUGUUCUCUAUGUGAGACACUUGAUCCCCCCCCCUCACCCCCCCUCACCCCCUGUCGUGUCCCAGACUGUACUACAAACAUGCAGUGCGCACAUGGAGCUGCAUGAGGGCGGAGCUCUGCAUAGUUUCCAGGCUAUAAAAGUGUGCGGGAAUGAGCGAGAAGUUUGGACUGAAGAAACACACCAGCUGUUCCUCCAGUCUUCUCAGGGAGAAGCGACCUGUUUUCUCCCGCCGGAAGCAGACUCUGUUGCCCUGCUGCUGUGCGCGGUGAUGCCGUGGCUGCGGUCCUCCUCCUCUUCCUCCACCGGGCAGUGCCUCUCCUGCUCGCCGUGUCAGCGGGAAUGUGAGCGGACGGCGUUCUCCUUCUACUGCGCGGUGCGGGAGCAGCUCCCGGUCUGGCUGCUGGAGGAGAUGCGCAGCAUGGAGGUGUUCUGCUGGGACAACGGAAGCCCGAGAGCCUUCCUGCCGUCCGAAGCCCUGCUGUACGCUAUAGUGCACGACCACCAGGACUAUGCGCGCUACCUCCUCAACAGGUACUCGGUGGGCGCGCUCCGAGCCCCGGCCUGCAGCUUUUGCUGCUGCCCCGGCAGCGGCGCGCCGCACCUGAGCGUGGCGGUGCGCUACAACCGCGUGACCGUCCUCGGCAUGGUGAUGGAGGCGCUGAAGGACUGCGGCGGCCCGGCCAAGCGCAGGGAGUACCUGGACGGCCGCGGCGGUUGCCUUCACGCCGCGGACGCCGGGAAGACCGCGGUGCAGCUGGCGGUGGAGCUGUCGCAUCCCGAGUGCCUGCUGCAGCUGCUGGUCCACGGCGCUCGACCCGACGGCCUCGAGGUGGCGCUGCAGAGGCUGGUGUCGUGCAUGGUUUCGGAGCGGCAGCAGGCGCAGCGGUGCCUCGACUUCCUGCUGCUGUUUCUGGCCAAGCCGCCGCUGCUGCCGUGCCUGCGGGACGAGCCGCAGCGCUGGCAGGGGCUGCUGGGGAACAGGGUGUUCAGCUGGCUCUGCGGCCUGGCCCCCUCCCCCCUGCUGCUGCAGGCGCUCCGGUGUCUGGCCCAGUCCGGAUCAGACCGCAUCACUUCGCUGCCGGACUUCCUGCAGCCACACAGCUGACAGUGACGACAUCUGUUGUGGAAGACAACCUUGAAGGACUGCUGCGACUGGACAGUUUAAAUAUGCUGUAAAUAACAUGUAAAUAUUCCCCAAAUAUACAUAUUAUAGUAAAAAUAAGCGGGCUUGUGGAAUCUAUACUGGACUAAUGGAUCAUAAGCUUUAUUUAUGUGCUGGUUUAGUUGUAAUCUGGCAGUUAAAUGGUGCUGAAUAAAUGCCUGAUUUUUUUGUUUU